UAUUCCUUCUGACAUCCCGUUUUGCCUUUUCUCAUUAAUUUAUUUGAAAUUUCUCUCUCCUCUCUUUAAAGAGGGCCUAAAUUUAUGUUAUUUUUUCUCUCUCUUGUCAUUCCCCAUUGCUUUGAGUUCUCCAUAGCUAAUUCACCAAGUUUAAUCUCUUCUUUGAUUUCGCCUUUAUCGUUGCCUGUUUUUAUUUGUUGGGUUUAGUGACUCGUUGUUACUUCGUGUCGGUAUUUGUUUCCUUGUCGCUGAAGUGCUUUCCCUGUUGUGGAAGAAGUGGACGAAUUGUGAUGGCGUGGAAGUAGUCGAAUUCUGGUGCACCGUAAAAAGUAGCUGUGGAUUGAUCAUUUGCAAAGGAUGAGAAAGUCAAUAGUGUAUUCACUAAACUGGAAGAAGGCUAUUGGUCCUUCGAAGUGUGUUAAAGGUGGUGGAUCAAAUAUUGGUGGUAUAAAGAUUGUGGCUGUAAAGGAAAAUGGGUCUAAGAAGCCUGCUGCCACCGUGAAACCUCUAAGGGAAAUGAUUUUGAAGGGGAAAACUAAGCAGGCUUACAAUGAUGUGGAUUAUGAAGUGGAGGAUGAGGAUGUUGGAGAUGAUGUAGGUGUUGGGAACCGCUGUAAUAACUCUGAUGGUGAAGGAGAUUCAGUCACUAGUUCUUGUUUUAUGGAGAACAUGAUGAUGGAGUAUGUGAAGAUGAAGUCACGAAAGAGGAAAGGUGUAGGCGUCGUUUAAAGUGCGCCUAUGUUAAGCAUGUUGUGAAUAUGCUUGGCACUCAUAGGAAGUGGGAAUUGACAUAAUACGAUUAGGGACAAAGCAAAGU